CGCGACUCGACUUGACUUGACUGCUGAGUUGAAACAGAGACUUGGAUUGAGAGUUGAGGAAGAUAUAUAAAUCAAUUCGCCUUUUUUCAUACACUUACUUCGCAUCAUCACACCAAAGUACACCACACCACACCACACCACCGCAUCAAAAUGCCAUCCACCCCCCUCCUCACCCUCACCCUCGCGCUCCUCACCCCCUCCACCCUCGCAGGUUUCAUAAUCCUAAAACCCACAUCCUCCUCCUCCCUCACCCUCAACGCCCAACAAGCAAGUUCCAUCUCCGCGAAAUUCGACUCCGCCAUAUCCUCCUACGCAGCACAAGUCACCACCCAGCCCGCCUACAACAGCGCCUGGAACGAAUUAUACGCAUACGAGUCGACGGGCAAGAAAGAUAUACCCGAGGGUGUGACGGCGACGAAUACGGUUGUUACGUAUACUACGACGCCGGAGUGGUUUGCGGCUCUGCCGACGGAUGCGCAGAAGUAUUUUGCGAGUAUACAUGCUAAGGAGGAGGAUAUUGAGGCGAGUGUUAUUCGGGAUGUGGCGGGUGGGGCUGGGAGGUUGAUGGGUAGGGGGGCGUUUGUUUGUGGGGCGGUGGCGGCUGUGGUGGUGGGUGUGGUGGUUGCUUUGUAGGGGGGUUGAUGGGUGGGGUGUUUGGAGUGACGAUUUAUGGUUAAGGAUGGAUACCCUGUUGUUUGUUAGCGAGAGUCUGGUAAUGUUAAGGCGUACCUGGGAGGUUGAGAUGCUACUCUAAAUGUGUAAGGCGCAGCUUGUUGUGAGAGUAAAUUAUAGUUUGAGAAGAUGUAUUAGCCUGUCCUUGUGGUUGGAGCAAUGCGUAGGCCUUGUUCAUCUACGAGCCAUUGCACAGCACGGCAGUACUGAACCUAAUCUCGAGUAUC